AUGCACCUUUGUUGCUCAUCCCUGUGGCUUCCCCGACUUCUUCUAGGCCCAUGUGCACCUCCCUCACCUGCCCUUAGUUUGUUGUGCCCUGCUGGUGUUGUCUCAGCACCCCCCAGUCCUCUGGUGGGAGGACCAGUCUGCAAUCUGGGAGUUCACUUGCAAAAUUUACUGGACUGUGUCCUGCUCACCUUGUCUGUCACUUUGAUUUAUCUGAGUGCCAGUGAGCGAGUUGCUGUCAGCGUCUACAUCCAGCAGGCUCUGACAGGCUUCAACUGGCUCCUCUGGCUUCAUCAGUCUAAUCUUGCCCAUCUUCAAUUCAAAACAACCAGGCAAAGACACAACAUUUUGCAAUCCCUUAAUGACCUUUUUGGAUUAAAAAUCAAGAAAUUAGGAGUAACUAUUAUACUAUUGUUGUUGGAAAUGUGUUCUUGCAGCGGUUGUGGAUCAGAAUCUUAA